UUAAACAACCAUAAUGAUACUAUCAUCACCUUAUUAUCCUACCUAAGCCCAAGAUCAAGGACCAAUAACAUAAUUCUACGCACCAAAGCUUAGAGCGAUGAAUGCGAGAACUUUAUUUUGUCAGGCCUAAAGUUAAUACAUGAAUUAAUUUAUUUAUUGACUAAGACAUUAUUAACACACCUAAUUAAAUAUUAACCGUUACCUUUGAAAGGUUCUGCACUUGGCGCCAUCAAUCCGUCCCACUAGUAACAGUCGAAACAUAACCAUUUCUUCUUCUUCCCAAACAAAAAAAACAGGACAUAUUUUUUUUUUCGUUUAAGUUUGAAAAUUAAUCCAAAGCAUGGGACUCCAUAAAAUUAUUGCGAUUACCAUAAUUAUUUCCUUUCUCAGUAAUACUGAAUCAACUUGUCUUCCAUUUUCAUGUGAUACAUCCAAUCCAGAUACCAUAAAAUUUCAAUUCUGUAAUUCUUCAUUGCCCGUCGAUCAAAGAGUAGAUGAUCUCAUUUUACGCCUGAAUUUGGAUGAGAAAAUAUCACAAUUGGGUAACAGUGCACCAGCCAUUCCGCGGCUUAAUAUCCCUGCUUACGAGUGGUGGUCGGAGGCGUUACAUGGCCUAUCGAUGGAAGGAUUAGGGGUGAAAUUUAAUGGAAGUAUUAAAGCUGCAACUCAGUUCCCUCAGAUCAUUCUUACUGCUUCUACUUUUGAUGAACAUCUCUGGUAUCGCAUUGCUCAGGCAAUUUCAAGAGAGGCAAGAGCAGUGUACAAUGCAGGUGAACUAAAGGGAAUGACAUUUUGGGCACCAAAUGUGAACAUAUUAAGGGAUCCAAGAUGGGGAAGAGCACAAGAAACAGCUGGGGAAGAUCCGAUGAUGGUAGGAAAAUACGCAGUGGCUUAUGUAAGAGGACUUCAGGGGGAUAGUUUUGAAGGUGGGAAGCUCAAAGAUGGGCAUCUUCAAGCUUCAGCUUGCUGCAAGCACUUUGCUGCUCAAGAUUUGGAUUACUGGAAUGGCCACCAUCGUUUCACCUUCGAUGCUCAAGUUACACCACAGGAUAUGGCAGAUUCAUUUCAACCACCAUUCAAGACUUGUGUGGAAGAAGGAAAAGCUACCAGUCUAAUGUGUGCUUAUAGUCGUCUCAAUGGGGUCUCAAACUGCGCUAACCAUGAUCUCCUGACCACAACUGCUCGCGGACAGUGGGGUUUCAACGGUUACAUUGUAUCAGAUUGUGAUGCAAUUCGCGUUAUGCGUGAUUCCCAUGGAUACACAGCUGAAGAUGCAGUUGCAGCUUCUCUCAAAGCUGGUAUGGAUGUAAACUGCGGUUCAUUCGUGGCAAACUACACAAGAUUAGCAUUGGAGAAGCAGAAAUUACAAGAUUCUGAUAUAGACAGAGCUCUUCGCAAUAUUUUCUCCAUUAGAAUGAGGUUAGGACUAUUCAAUGGUGAUCCAAAACAGCUGGAAUACGGAGACAUUUCUCCUGCAGAGAUUUGUAGUCAAGAGCAUCAAGAUCUGUCCCUUGAAGCAGCAAAAAAUGGCAUUGUCCUUCUGAAGAAUUCUGCCAAACUCCUUCCACUUUCUAAGAUAAAAAUAACAUCCCUUGCUAUAAUAGGUCCAAAAGCAAACGAUUCCGAAUUACUUUUAGGUAACUAUGCAGGCAUUCCCUGCAAAAAAAAUUCGUUACUCCAAGGAUUUCAAGGCCUUGUGAAAAACAUAGGCUACCAUCCAGGCUGCAAUUUUGUCAAUUGUACUUCUGCUGCAAUAGAUGAAGCAGUAGAUGUUGCUAAAAAGGCUCAGUAUGUUGUUUUAAUAAUGGGAUUAGACCAGCAAGUGGAGAGGGAGAACUGGGAUCGCGUAGAUUUAGGACUACCUGGACAACAAGAGAUUCUUAUUAACGCAGUAGCCGAGGCUGCUGUAGAACCUGUUAUACUAGUGUUAGUUAGUGGAGGUCCUAUUGAUAUUUCUUUUGCCAAGAACCACCCGAAAAUCGGAGGCAUCUUGUGGAUUGGUUAUCCUGGAGAAGGUGGAGCAGCUGCACUAACACAGAUUCUUUUUGGUGAACAUAAUCCAGGGGGCAGGUUACCAGUAACAUGGUAUCCUAAGGACUUCAUAAAAGUACCAAUGACAGACAUGAACAUGAGGCCUAAUUCAUCGACUGGAUAUCCAGGUCGAACUUACAAAUUCUACAAAGGGCCAAAAGUCUAUGGAUUUGGCUAUGGUCUUAGCUACACAAAUUAUACAUACGACAUCGCGUCUGUCACUCAUGACAAACUCUAUUUCAUUAACCAAACAUCAUCAGACAAGAGAAGAAAACACGGUUCACAUAUUCAUAAUAUUGCAGUUUCGAAAUUUGGCUCAGAGGUUUGCAACAACGCGAAGAUAUCAGUUAAGGUUGUGGUGAGAAACAAGGGGAAAAUAGGUGGUAUACAUCCUGUGUUGUUGUUUGUUAGGCAUUCUAAAGUGAAGAAUGAUGAAGUUCCAAGAAAGCAGUUGAUUGGAUUCAAAAGUGUGCAUUUAGGUGCAAGAGAAAAAAGUAAGAUUAAGUUUAUUGUGAGCCCUUGUCAACACUUUAGCAGGGCUAAUAAGCACGGUAUAUCAGUAAUUGAUGAAGGCAAAUAUUAUCUUGUUGUGGGAGAUAAGAAAUAUCCUGUUACUGUUUCUAUAUGAAACCUUUAAAUCACAUAUAAAAAUAUAGUCCUUAAUGAUUAGAUCACACUUGUGGUGUGCAUUAUAAUCCUGUAAAGAGGAUUCAUCACCUUAUUGAGCAGAAUAAAUAUGUUAAUUUCUUGAUUUUUAUAGUUGUUGAUUAGCUGGGUAAUUGAGAGGUGCGAAUGUGAAAUGAAUAGUUGUUUUCGUAAUGAAUUGACUUAACGGGUUGAGUCCAGACUGCCCAGUUCUUAAAUGUGUCGAUUUAGAUUAAUAGACUGGUUUUUCCUAUUUUUCAUCUGCUUGAUAAUCGAUCCAAUUUCUUAUAGUUAAAUGAACUAUAUUAUUUUAGUAAAAGUAAUUGAAAGCAAUUAGCUCGGUAAUUGAGAGGUGCGAAUGUGAAAUGAAUAGUUG